GCCGCCGCCGCCGGCUCCAGCACCUCGGACAGCGCCCGGCCAGCACCGCGGACAGCGCCGGGUGCCGGUGGCGGCACCGGGCCGCCCCCAUGGCGCUGCUCCGCGUCCUCUGCCUUCUCGCUGCCCUCAGACGGAGCCUGGGCACGGACACGGAGGAGCGGCUGGUUGAGUAUCUGCUGGACCCUGCACGCUACAACAAGCUGAUCCGGCCGGCGACCAAUGGCUCGGAGCUGGUGACCGUGCAGCUGAUGGUGUCGCUGGCGCAGCUCAUCAGCGUGCAUGAGCGGGAGCAGAUCAUGACCACGAAUGUCUGGCUGACCCAGGAGUGGGAGGACUAUCGCCUCACGUGGAAGCCUGAGGACUUUGACAACAUGAAGAAGGUCCGCCUGCCCUCCAAGCACAUCUGGCUGCCUGAUGUGGUGCUCUACAACAACGCCGAUGGGAUGUACGAGGUCUCCUUUUACUCCAACGCCGUGAUCUCCUACGACGGCAGCAUCUUCUGGCUGCCGCCUGCCAUCUACAAGAGCGCGUGCAAGAUCGAGGUGAAGCACUUCCCCUUCGACCAGCAGAACUGCACCAUGAAGUUCCGCUCCUGGACCUACGACCGCACGGAGAUUGACCUGGUGCUGAAGAGCGAGGUGGCCAGCCUGGAUGACUUCACGCCCAGCGGCGAGUGGGACAUCGUGGCGCUGCCGGGGCGGCGCAACGAGAACCCCGAUGACUCCACCUACGUGGACAUCACGUACGACUUCAUCAUUCGGCGUAAGCCGCUCUUCUACACCAUCAACCUCAUCAUCCCCUGCAUCCUCAUCACCUCCCUGGCCAUCCUCGUGUUUUACCUCCCGUCUGACUGUGGCGAGAAGAUGACACUCUGCAUCUCUGUCCUGCUCGCCCUCACCGUCUUCCUCCUGCUCAUCUCCAAGAUCGUGCCACCCACCUCACUGGACGUGCCACUGGUGGGCAAGUACCUCAUGUUCACCAUGGUGCUGGUGACCUUCUCCAUCGUCACCAGCGUCUGCGUCCUCAACGUGCACCACCGCUCGCCCACCACGCACACCAUGCCGCCCUGGGUUCGCACCCUCUUCCUCCACAAGCUCCCGGCGCUGCUCUUCAUGAAGCAGCCGCGGCAGAGCUGCGCCCGCCAGCGCCUGCGCCAGCGCCGGCACACGCAGGAACGCGCCGCCGCCGCCACGCUCUUCGUGCAGGCCGGCGCCCGCAGCUGCACCUGCUACGCCAACCCCGGCGCUGCCAAGGCCGAGGGGCUCAACGGCUACCGGGAGAGGCAGGGGCAGGCGCCGGGCCCCGCGGCGGGCUGCGGCUGCGGGCUGGAGGAGGCGGUGGACGGCGUGCGCUUCAUCGCCGACCACAUGCGCAGCGAGGAUGACGAUCAGAGCGUGAGCGAGGACUGGAAGUACGUGGCCAUGGUCAUCGACCGCCUCUUCCUAUGGAUCUUCGUCUUCGUCUGUGUCUUUGGCACCGUUGGCAUGUUCCUGCAGCCCCUCUUCCAGAACUACACCACCAACUCCCUGCUGCAGCUUGGCCAGGGCACCCCCACCUCCAAAUAGCAUGGGGAACGGCCAGCCCCGGGGCCAGAGAGCUGGGUACUGGGCUCAGGCAGCCCCUGCAAACCAAUAAAUACUCCCACAGGA